GUGUCAUGGGAAUUUGUGUACAAAACGUAAUUAAUUCAGCAUCUCUUGAAAAUUCUGGAUUUUUCUGGACUCAUGAAAUCAAUCAUGUAGCCUCCUUUAUGUAUUUACACACAAAAAAAUCAAUGUAAUUUAUAGAACUCAUUUUAAUCCGUCAAGGAUAACUUGGAACAUUCUGCUGUACCCCCCUCCCCUCCCCCCAUCACACAAAGUAGCAGACGACAGAUAUGUGAUCAUGAUGGUUACUGGUUUUAUAAAAGUGCAGGCUUCAACAUCAAGAUAAUCACGUUUUCCGUGGGAAACGCAUAUGGGAGGGUGAUUAUUUUUGAUUUGAUUUAGUAUUUAUUGCAUUGAGCCGCUAUCAUAUAUCCGCAUUCUUAUUUUAAAUCACAACAGAGGUCUGUAUGAUGUCAGAUGCAAGAGCUCCAUCUUUCCCACAGUGACUGUGUGAAUCUUGAACAGAGGUAUCCUCAGGACGGGAGGGGGUGGAUGGGUUCAUCGGGUUCAUGUAGUAGAUUGCGCGCCUCCUCCCAUUUCAGGUCGACUGCUUCCCCGGCUCGCUCUCUGAAUGAGCUUGCUGCAAUUCAUAUAGGUGAUGCAAAAGCGAAGGUGGAUUGCAGUGGCUAAAUAAGCGAGCCUGACCUUUAUUCGGGACACGGCAACACGAUCAGCUGACGCCUCCAAACUAGCUGCCAUCUUUCGGUCAUUCGAGGCAUCUGGCCAACUUGUCUCCACGCUCGCCAGAUGUUGGAAUGAAGGCGCACGGGCAUGGGGGAAUCGUGUGUUCCUGAGCUGUCGAGAAGUGGAAUCUGAAUCAUGCUGGCCGAUGGAUGUUGCAGAGGAAUGGAGAGAGUCCGGGGUAAGAUUGCGUCAGACUCUUUGCCGAGAGCCACCUAUCCUCAGCAAUAUGUGCAGACCGGCCCCCAGCAGCAGGGCAGCGACAUCCAGGAGCUCGCCUCCAAACGGGUCGAUAUCCAGAAGAAACGUUUCUACCUGGACGUGAAGCAGAGCGUGCGCGGACGCUUCCUCAAAAUCGCCGAGGUGUGGAUCGGCAAAGGCCGCCACGAUAACAUCCGGAAGAGCAAACUGACUCUGUCCAUGUCGAUGGCGCCCGCGCUCCGCUACUGCCUGGGGGAUUUCAUCGACUAUUACGCCCGGAUCGGAUUGCGGGGGGGCCUCGCGCCCCAGCCGCCGCCGCAGCUCGACGAGCACGGCAGCAACGACCAGGGCCGCGCGCUUGAACCCCGCAGGAGAGCGCAGGAGCCCGCGUCGUCGCCCACUGGCUCUGCGGCGUCAGACGACCACGCGCAUCGCGUCCUCAAGAGCGAAUUCAUCGAGAGGGACAACCGAAAGUACUUUCUGGACCUGAAGGAGAACCAGAGAGGGAGGUUCCUACGCAUACGACAGACUGUCAGCAAAGGGCACGGCACGAUGGGCUACUACGGCCAGGGGAUCGAACAGACCAUCGUGCUGCCCGCACAGGGUCUCAUCGAGUUCAGGGACGCGCUGUCGCAGCUCAUCGAGGACUACGGCGACGACGAGUGCGACGAGCGCGGUCGAGCCGCGACCAGGAACCACGACGAAAGCCCCGAGCUUCCAGAGGCCGCGUCCUUUCGCGUGGACAACAAGAGGUUUUAUUUUGACGUCGGUUCCAACCGCUAUGGCGUCUUUUUAAAAAUCAGCGAAGUGCGCCAGCCGUACAGAAACACCAUCACCGUCCCUUUAAAAGCCUGGGCGAGAUUCGGGGAGAAUUUCAUCCGUUACGAAGAGGAGAUGCGGAGAAUUUUUAAUUGUCACAAAGAGAAGAGCACUGACGCUCGGCAGGACAGUGAGGAGCAGGACUGAGCGACCUUGGCAGUCGUACGGAAGCUCAGAAUCGUGCAGUUGUGUAACGUCUGUACUGUGGGGUGUGUGUGUGUGUGUGUGUGUGUGCCCCCCGAAAAGACAAGUCUAUUGAAUUUUAGCGCUUAUAAAUCAGAAAUAUAAAGCCCCCAAGUCAAAAUCAACACAUCUCCUCAAAAUCCGCUUUAACACCACCACCCUCUUCUUCUAAAUCGAAUACUACUUGAAAUGCACUAAAAAACUAUAAAAUGGUGGAACUGUGGCAAUGUGUAAAAGACGUGCUAAGAAACGAUCUCUCUCUCUCUCUCUCUCUCUCUCUCUCUCUCUCUCUCUCUCUCUCUCUCUCUCUCUCUGUCCAAAAUGUAUAAUAGUUUUGUGCAGAUCAAGAAAUUGUAUGAAGAGAUAGAUAUACCAUUUAUAAAAGGACUGAUAUUUAUCAUUGAUCAAAAAGGAAAAUGUUAAAUGAUGGUUGACUUGUUUUAGGGGUCCCAUGUGGGACAACAAGCUUCUUAUUGUCCCUACAUCUCAUAUCUUACAAAUGUGAUAUACUUGCUAAUGUUUCAGACAGUCAAUAUGGGUUCGUGGCGUGCAAGGAGGCCACUUUGCUCCUGAUGCAGGUUUCCAAAGAGAAUCACAGGUGUGUGAUGUGACAUAUGGUUGCAACUUUUCACAUGCAGAAUGUUAUUGUUGCUGACAUGAAUUGCAUGUGGCCAUCAUAGAUGGAUUAAUGAUGCACAAUCUCAGAAGCAGAGGUAAUUUAUUUCAGUAACACCGUAACUCAAAGAUGCGCGCGCGCACACACACACACACACACACACACACACACACAUUCACAUUUUUGGUGUGUGCAUCUUUCCAAUAAUAGACUAUUUAAAAAAGGUUCAAUUUUAAAGUGGAACUAUUCAAUUCGGUUCGACUCAGUGGAAUUACAAUUCGAUUCGAUAUGCUACAGGUAAUUUCAAGAAAGUAUGAUGCAAUUAAUAUUUAUAUAGAUAUAAAAUAUCACAUAAAACAUCCUGCAGUUUAUAAAAUGUAGCGAUUUUCACACACAUUUUGGGGCUGGCAACCUGUCAGUCAAGACCUGAGGUGUUUAUUGUUAUUAACGUAUGUUGUGCACCAACAGAUCCCCUCGCUUUCUUUUGCCACAUGGCUAUUGUCAGCAUGAAGGCAAGCGACAGUUUACGGGCUGACUGAGCGGUGCAGUACAUGAACAUUCACCCUGCAAUCCAACACAAGCACUUUGAGAAAUAUUUUUAACAGAAUGAAUUAAAAACCUAUAACUACAAAAGAAUUGAUCUAACUUGUACUAUACCCCCAGUGUAGCGAAUUAUGUGAUACUUUAUAUCAUUUAGAAGUCUUUUCACAAACAAAUUGAACUUACCAUGAGCAAGUGAUGCAUUGUGAUUCAUCAGAGAUCUUCUCCCGUAUCAUUAGAAUAGUCUUCACCCACCCCCCUCAAAAAAAACUAUUAAUUUUUCAAUUUUUUAUUUUUCCCAUGAUCAAAUAAUCCUUAAGAUUAUAAUAGGUGAAUGACAGAGGUUUGGGGGGGGGUUAAUUGCUGGAGAUGAUAGAAGUCACAGCCAAUUUGUGUGUCAGAAAUAAUUAUACAAAGCUACUGGCUGCUACAAUGGCAAAAAUUCACACAAACGUACGUAUCUGUUGUCUGGGCUGCUUUUUUUUCUUCCCCCUUUUAAUGGAUAUGAGACCACUUUUUGGUCUCACUGUAUUGAACAGCUUGCUCUCAACAUCAAUCGUAGUGAGUGCCUGAAGGGACCACCGUCUCCUGUUGCAUUCUGUAGGACACCGUCAUCUGUGUUUCAUUGCUAGAAAUGUCGAGUGAGCGUGAACCUUUCAUCUGUCUUUUGUAAAUAACACACCAGUUUUUUUUCAUAUUCUAUCUAAUUUGUUCACCAUCCAAACAACAAGAAAAUAGAAUUGCAAACUGCUCUGUUUGCGCUUGUAGCAGAGGUUAACCAUUGUUGCUAUUGUUUAAAAGGAAUUUCACCUAAGCGUCACGCUCACAUUCUUCGUUCAUCACAGACAAUCGAUUUAGAAACUGGCUCAGCAGUGGUUGUGAACAUUUAAAAAUCAUUCCUUUAACCCUUUCAUGCACCCUGUAACCCGAUAACGUGAUAAGCUGUCCACUGUAGCCGCUGUCCCUGAAAGGGUUAAACAGCUCAUACUAUUUUUCAUGCAGACAUUUUACCAUCCCACACGCACACACAAUUGUCACAGAAAGAUCAAAAUGAAUAAAAGUGGCAUGUUUA